AUGGCGACGGAGACUCACGCAGGAGAAUCACAUCUGCGCGAUAACGACUCGCUACCUGAGGGAGAGCGGUACGCAGUAAUGGACUGGUCGGCGCUCGCCGCUCCUCUUUCCUCAACUGUAUCGACCAUGUUAUUUGCCACCAUCCGCAUCUGCGCUCACGGCCAGGAGCCAUUCGACGAGCGGCCUUACGUGUUCGCGUCCAUCUUCGAAUGA